CAAAACCCCCCGCCGACCCAGCGGGUCCCCGCCGCCGCCGCCCUUCGCGUCCUGGGCCAUCUCCCUCCCGCCUCCCUCCGCGGAUCAGCCAGACAGCGAGGGCCCCGGCCGGGGGCAGGGGGGACGCCCCGUCCGGGGCACCCCCCGGCUCUGAGCUGCCCGCUGGGCCAGCCUCGGCCCGGAGCGGAGGAAGGAGUCGCCGAGGAGCAGCCCGAGGCCCCAGAGUCUGAGACCAGCCGCCGCCACAGCCGCCCCCGCCACUGCGGGGAGGAGGGGGAGGAGGAGCGGGAGGAGGGACGAGCUGGUCGGGAGAAGAGGAAAAAAACUUUUGAGACUUUUCCGUUGCCGCUGGGAGCCGGAGGCGCGGGGACCUCUUGGCGCGACGCUACCCCGCGAGGAGGCAGGACUUGGGGACCCCAGACCGCCUCCCCUCACCGCCGGGGACGCUUGCUCCCUCCCUGCCCCCUACACGGCGUCCCUCAGGCGCCCCCAUUCCGGACCAGCCCUCGGGAGUCGCCGACCCGGCCUCCCGCAAAGACUUUUCCCCAGACCUCGGGCGCACCCCGCUGCACACCGCGUUCAUCUCCGGCCUGUCUCCCGAGUCCCCGCGCAUCCUAGACCCUUUCUCCUCCAGGAGACGGAUCUCUCUCCGACCUGCCACAGAUCCCCUAUUCAAGACCACCCACCUUCUGGUACCAGUUCUUGCUCAUCUAGGUUAUUUCCGUAGGAUACUGAGACACCCCGGUCAGAGCCUCCCCUCCACAACUGCGUCCUGAGGACCUCAACUUUCCCUUGAGGCCCUCCUGCCUUUUCCCAGGAGACCCCCAGCCCCUGCGGGGGCCCCACCGCGUUAGCCCUGUUCGCACUCUCGACAGUGCCGGGGGGCGCCGCCUCCCCCAUGCCACCCUCCGGGCUGCGGCUGCUGCCGCUGCUGCUGCCGCUGCUGUGGCUACUGGUGCUGACGCUCGGCCGGCCGGCCGCGGGACUAUCCACCUGCAAGACCAUCGACAUGGAGCUGGUGAAGCGGAAGCGCAUCGAGGCCAUCCGCGGCCAGAUCCUGUCCAAGCUGCGGCUCGCCAGCCCCCCGAACCAGGCGGAGGUGCCGCCGGGCCCGCUGCCCGAGGCCGUGCUCGCCCUGUACAACAGCACCCGCGACCGGGUGGCCGGCGAGAGCGCCGAGCCGGAGCCCGAGCCGGAGGCCGACUACUACGCCAAGGAGGUCACCCGCGUGCUCAUGGUGGAAACCCACCACGAAAUCUAUGACAAGUUCAAGCACAGCACACACAGCAUAUAUAUGUUCUUCAACACAUCAGAGCUCCGAGAAGCAGUACCUGAACCCGUGUUGCUCUCCCGGGCAGAGCUGCGUCUGCUGAGGCUCAAGUUAAAAGCGGAGCAGCACGUGGAGCUGUACCAGAAAUACAGCAACAAUUCCUGGCGAUACCUCAGCAACCGGCUACUGGCUCCCAGCGACUCGACGGAGUGGUUGUCUUUUGAUGUCACUGGAGUUGUGCGGCAGUGGCUGACCCAUGGAGCUCCUACCUCUGAACAGAUGAGGAAACUGAGGUGCAACCAAAUUGGGUGGGACCAGGCUGAGCUCACAGGGAUCCGUUUCCUGACUCCCUUCUCUGGCUUCCGUGGCUCUUGGAAAGGCUUUGUCUUGCCUCCAGGGUAUCUGGGUGACACACACACCUGGGGACAAGGGGCACGCAGCUCCUGUGGUGGCAGCCCUUCCAUGCCCCUGACAACUGUCUCUCCUGCCUGCAGCUCCACGGAGAAGAACUGCUGCGUGCGGCAGCUGUACAUUGACUUCCGCAAGGACCUCGGCUGGAAGUGGAUCCAUGAGCCCAAGGGCUACCACGCCAACUUCUGCCUGGGGCCCUGCCCCUAUAUUUGGAGCCUGGACACACAGUACAGCAAGGUCCUGGCCCUGUACAACCAGCAUAACCCGGGUGCCUCAGCGGCGCCGUGCUGUGUGCCGCAGGCGCUGGAGCCGCUGCCCAUCGUGUACUACGUGGGCCGCAAGCCCAAGGUGGAGCAGCUGUCCAACAUGAUCGUGCGCUCCUGCAAGUGCAGCUGAGGCUCCGCCCCUCCCCGCCCCGCCCCGGCAGGCCCGGCCCCGCCCCUCCCCGCCCCACCCCGCCCCCACUGCCUUGCCUAUGGGGGCUGUAUUUAAAGACACCCGUGCCCCAAGCCCACCUGGGGCUCCAUUAAAGGUGGAGAGAGGACUUCG